CAUCUGAACAGUUCGUUGGCACUCGAUGAGGCUUACUCGGUUUCAUUCACAUGCCAAUAUCACAUCACAACUCGGAACACAAUCCAAGGUUUCUAUCAAUGGGAAAUGGGGAGGCCGCUCACCAACACCCCGGGCUUCCUGGCUCGGCCACGUGGUGUGCUGCUCACUGUUUGUCUGAUCAGUCUGGCCACCAUCUGGUUAUGCCGGCUUCCCAAGAUGUGCCUGUACGGUGAAGGCUCCGCGGACCCCAGAGUCGGUCCACCAGCACACCAAACCGUCGACCUUUCCAAGGCGGACGCGCCGUUCAUCAGCUGGCCGCUGGAGCGAGUGUGCAAGGAGAGCACCACAUGGACCCCCGGAGUCGUUUUUGUCUGCGAUAACAACUCGGGCGGUAUUGGCAACAUCCGCAACUACAUCCUCACAUGCGUCCGCUACGCCAUUGAUGCGGGGGCAACGGGCAUCGUGCUUCCGCAGAUCAGGACACGCUCAGAGAAGGACCUCGCAAACAUCAUGUUGGAGUACCAAGGAUUCGACUACUUCUUUGACGAGGACCAUUUCCGCCGGAGCCUGCAAACCGCCUGCCCUCAGAUCACACUCUACGACUCCACGGACGACAUCCCAAAUGCUCCGGUACCUUACAGGGCCGAAAAGAUCACCCCGCGUAAUUUCGGCAGGCGAGGGGGCUGCGACAAACGCGAGCUGAACAAGCACACGGGUCGCUUCGACAAGCAGUUCUGGAACUAUAUCCGGAACUCCACGGAGCAAUUCAAGCUGCCGCCACCCAGCUUCGAAACCCCCCGCAUCAUCCGGUUCACCUGGGGCGUGCAGUGGGACUGGCCCGUCUUCCGCGACGGACCGGAGUUUGUCGCCAGCUACGGCGGCCUGCUGCGGUUCCGACAGGACAUUCUGGACUUGGGCCACCGGGCGGCGGGGUACAUGCGGAAAUUCUCUGCCGAUCAUGGGGGUUCCCGUGCGUUCGCGGGCCUCCAUCUGCGGACCGAGAGCGAUGCGCUCAGCCGGUGGCCCAAGUUCGACGACCAGACCGGUGCAUACCUCGAGAGGGCCGGCGCCAUGGACUUUAAGGCCGCGUACCUUGCUACGGGCAACAAGACGGAGGCGAGGAAGCUGACCACGGCCGCGCUGCAAGAGUAUGGCAUGGCGGUGAUCACUAAGCAUGAUUUGUUGGCGGACUAUCCUUCGGAUCUGGCUGCGCUUGAGGCCCUUACGUGGGACCAGCAGGCGCUGAUUGACUUUAUUGUCUUGUUGGAGUGUGAUUACUUCCUUGGAGUCAGUCCCAGCUCCUUCAGCAUGAACGUGGCCGGAAAGCGGCACCUCAAGGCGGAGGGUCUGUACACACGCCCGUGGAGAAUCGGUGGGGAUGGGGACGGCCGGAGCUGGCUUGUUGGGAGCUAUGAGAAUUACUGGGAGGACUGGCUGUUUAUGUUUGAGUCCCUGUGGCCAUGACCUACCCAUCCCCUGUUCCAUUUUGGGUAUCACCACCUGUUUCCUGGUUCUUUGUUAUGGGGAGUCACUAGGGUUCAGAGAGUCAACCACGAUUGUCACUAGUAGCCACGCCAGAG